UGUUAUCCGGUGCGGAUGUACACAGUUGCCUUAACAGGUGAUCUCUCUCUCUCUCUCUCUCUCUGUCUGGGUGUCUGUCUGGGUCCUGGUGUCUGGUGACUGUCUGGGGUCUGUCUGGUGGUUGAGGAGGAGCAGCAUUGAGUCAUGUGAGUUCCUCACCUUGUGGCUGUGUGUCUGAGCCUGAGGGCUACACGGAGCCUUGCUAACCAAUCCAGUCACAUGAUAUCACUGAUCUCCCACUGCAGGACCUGGUAACAAAUCAGCCCGUUCACCAUCAAGAUAUUAAGGUUUCUUCAAAGUUCGAGUUUGGACAUGUCUGCUUGGAAUUGGAUUCUCUGCGCAUUUGCCUGCAUUUGUUUAGCGUUCACUCGUGCAACCCAAAGAGAUGGCCAAUUUAGAAGCGACACAAAGCUGCUCCAUUUGGCAGUGGACGACGAGACAGGAAGAGUGUACGUGGGGGCAGUGAAUCACCUGUAUCAGCUCUCCAUGACUCUAGGCGUAGAAGCAGAUCUUCACACCGGUCCCAAAAAGGACAACCCAAAAUGCAUUCCGCCAAUAAACCCAACUAGCUGCAAAAACAGUGAAGACAUGGACAAUUACAACAAGGUUCUGCUCAUCGACAAAGAAACCGAAAAGCUUGUGAUAUGCGGAAACAUCUUUCGAGGAAUAUGCUCGCUGUACAAUUUAAAUAAUUUCACUGUCUUUUACAGUGACGAUAACGGGGGCGAGUCCACCUUUGUGGCAGCCGUCGAUGCUGCCACGCCCACCGUGGCGCUCGUAACCACCAUCACGUACAGUGAAGGCAGUGAGAGGGUCAUGUUUGUUGGGAACAGUCGAUCGGAGUACUCCAAUGCAUUGGUUAGCACCAGGACACUCACUCAGAGCCGCUUAAAGUCAUAUUUCGAGCUGGUGCGGGACUCCUCGUUAGCUGCGAAACCUUCCGUGCCGAAGCAGUACCCCUACAACUUCCGGUUCGUCUUUCAGAACGGCCAGUUCGUUUAUUUUAUUUUCUCCCGCACGAGGAGAGAGGACAAUUCUCCUCGCACCUACGUACUUCGCCUGUGCAAGGACGACGUGAACUACUAUUCUAACAUCGAGAUGAUGCUGGAGUGCAAGGACGCUGCCAACAACUUUAACCUUGUCCAAUCUGCCUACGUUUCUAACCCAGGAGAGAAGCUGGCACAGGCCAUGACUCAGUCGGGACACUAUGGGAACGUCACAGUGCAGGAUCAAGUGCUUUAUGCUGUUUUUAACCAAGGUGGCCUGAACACGGAUUCCAUCAACAGAUCAGCGUUCUGCAUGUUUUCCUUGAACCAGAUCAAUGAGAAGAUCGAAGAGAAUCGGGAGACCUGCUACAGUGGCAAUGGGAUGAAAAAUGGGGUUAAAGUGAUUUAUCCCCCAUACCAGGACAACACUGCAUUCAAGUGCAACGAACUGGCUCCGGGACAAACCAAAAGCUAUCCCUGCAGCGGUGAACAUCUUCCCAACCCCAUCGCAAGCGACGAAGGCGUCAUCGUCAAACCAUUGAGGAUGUACAACACCAAUCUGUCAGCGGUGGCUGUGAGCGUGGAGAAUGAAAACACUAUUGCCUUUUUAGGGAAUGUAAAAGGAGAAAUUCACAAGGUGCACCUGCACGCUUCAGCAGAUGAAUAUCAGACUUUGCAUCUAGAUCCCAACAGCAAGGUGAACAGUGACCUUGUUUUUGAUGCAAAAAAAGAGCAUCUGUACGUCAUGACCGAGAAGAACAUCAGUCGUCUGUCAGUACAGGAAUGUAGCAGAUACGGAAAUUGUGCAGUUUGCAUCGAUUCUGGGGAUCCUUACUGUGGCUGGUGUGUGACAGAGGGAAUUUGUUCCAGGAAGUCGGACUGUAAGAGAGCUAGCGAGAAGGAUCAUUGGUUGUGGAGCCUGAACAAAAAGUGCAUGACAGUCACCAGUACUGCUCCUCAGAACAUGAGUCGCAAUGACCCAGGCGAGGUGCAACUGAAGAUCGAUCCGUUCCCUGAUUUAAACAACUUUGAAAAUAUUGAGUGCUAUUUUGACCAUCGCAAAACAGAAGUAGUGAGAUCUGAGGUGGAACCUGUCAGGUGUAAGUCGUUGCCGAUAAAUGAAAUCCCUGCGACACCUUCGAAUCAAGAUUUUGUUGCUGUUGAGGUGGAACUAAUAUACAAUAAUGGAGGUUCUCUUGUGUCCCUCGCAAAGACCCACUAUUCCUUCUAUGACUGCAAAGCUGCCAUCAACCGUGCUCCAAACACUCCGUGCAUGUCCUGUGUAAGCAGCCCAUGGAACUGUCACUGGGAAAUUGCAGAACACGAGUGCAAAGAUGGCGAUGAAAGUCAGAGUGUGGAUGUUGACUCUGUGGUUCCAUUCGGAAUGGCAUCAUCCUGUCCGCAGUUUUUUGAUCCUAGCCCUUUGUUAAUUUCAGUCGGUUCCAAAUCUGACAUUACGUUUCAAGGGAAGAACUUGGAUUUUUAUAAGAGCAAGAAAUUCACUCUGACGACGGCUGACGAUUUCAUGAGAAAGAAACUUCCAAUAAUUUAUGCCAUCGAUAACGAGUCAAAGCGUUACUAUCAGUGUGAUAAGAUUGAGUUUACCUACGAUAGAAAUGAAACUUUGAUCCUUCAGUUCUCGGUAGAAGUAGAUUCCAAGAAAAUUGACAGCAACUUGGAAGUGACCCUGUACAAUUGCUCGUACGGCCGCUCUGAUUGUAACCUGUGCCUGGCAGCCGAGGAAAGGUACGGGUGUGUUUGGUGUUUGAAGGGAGCGAUGUCCAUCUGUGAAUACAAAAAUCUCUGCUCAAAAGACAUAAACAGUUGUCCAGCCCCAACUAUUCAGGAGAUCGAUCCAAUGAACGGGCCCCAGGAGGGAGGAACGCUGCUUACCAUCAAGGGCUCGAACCUGGGAAAAUCUGCCGAAGAAAUCAAAGCGAUCACGGUCGGAAAUUUCCCUUGUGAUCAAGUCCAGGAACAGUACCAAACGUCCACCAGGGUUGUGUGUGCACUAAGCGCAGGCAGUGGUACUUCCCAGGUUAAGAUCUGGCUGACCAAUAACAAAAAUGGCACCUCCUCCACAAGCUUCACAUACAGUGACCCUGAGCCGGUGUCCAUUGAUCCAAAAUCUGGCCCAAUCGCUGGAGGUACCCGAGUGACGAUUACAGGGAAGCGUUUGAGGACUGGGAAGAUGGAGGAUGUCACAGUGCUAUUGAGGGAUAUCCCCUGCGAAGUCAAAGAAUUUGGCGAAAAACUGGUCUGCGUCACAGGUCGUUACAAAGGCAACGACACCCCUAUGAUUGUAUCCAUUGUUGUCCGUUACGGGAAAAAUGCAAACAAGAGGAUAAUUAAUGAAAAGUUUACAUACGUCAGCAAUCCACAAAUUAAAAACUUUGAGCCGCACAAAAGCUUCUCCAGCGGUGGCAGAAAUAUCACUGUGACUGGAGAGGGAUUUAACAUCAUACAAAAACAGAUGAUCGGAGUGGAUGUACGGCCACUGGAUCGGACAUCAGUUGCCGAAAACAACCUUGUUCAACGGGAGGCGUUUAGAGGUGGCUCAGACUCCGUGCUGGUUUUCCCCUCUCCUCCGCUGAAAGUGAACGUGUCCAAGUUCGAGAUCGUCACCUUCGUCAUGAUGGACAACUAUAAGAAAAAUCUCACUGGCUUUACCUACGUGAACGAUCCACAGAUCACUGCAUUCAAGGACGGAGUGUACAUACACCGGCACUCAGCCGAUCCAGAACAAUCGCCCAUCUUCGUUGUGGGGAGCAACCUGAACGCAGCGACUACAAGCAAAGAGGUAAAGGCGUUCAUUGGUUCCGAAGAGUGCAAGAUUAAAACACUGACCGAGACAGAGUUAUACUGCAUUGCUCCAAAAACACAGCCAGCUCCCCGGAGGCAGAGGAGGGACGUGAAUGACAACCUCCCUGAAUUUAUUGUGGAAAUUGGAUUCCGUAAGUGGAGCCUUGGAAAAGUGAAGUAUGAAACGCCUGCACAAGUGCAACUGGGUGUUAUUCUGCCCCUGGUUCUGAUUCCCAUGUUGCUGAUUAUUGGCGUCUCCCUUUACUGUUACAGGCGCAAGAGCCAACAGGCAGAGAGGGAGUACAAGAAGAUUCAGCUACAGUUGGAGAGCCUCGAGGAAAGUGUGAGAGACCGUUGCAAGAAAGAGUUCACAGACCUGGUGACUGAAAUGGACGAUCACUUGAACGAUGUGAAUGAUGUGGGAAUCCCGUUCCUGGAUUAUAAGACCUACACCGACCGAGUCUUUUUCCUCCCCUCAAAGGAUGGAGAAAAGGACGUCAUGAUAACUGGGAAACUAGACAUCCCCCCAGCGAGGCAGCAGACAGUGGAGCAGGCUCUAUACCAGUUCUCAAACUUGCUCAACAGCAAAUCCUUCUUGAUUCAUUUUAUCCACACACUGGAAGGUCAGAGGGACUUCUCUGCCCGGGAGAAGGUUUACUUUGCGUCUCUGCUGACCGUUGCUCUUCACGGAAAGCUGGAAUACUACACGGACAUCUUGAGGACUCUACUGUUGGAGCUCAUGGCCCAGUAUGUGGCUAAAAACCCCAAACUCAUGCUCAGAAGAUCAGAAACCGUUGUGGAGAGAAUGCUUUCCAACUGGAUGUCCAUCUGUCUGUACCAGUUUCUAAAGGAUUCGGCUGGUGAACCACUUUACAGACUGUUUAAGGGGCUCAAGCACCAGGUAGAGAAAGGCCCAGUGGACGCAGAACUGAAAAAAGCCAAAUACACCCUGAACGACACUGGACUCUUGGGAGAUGAUGUGGAGUAUAACCCACUGAUCGUAAAUGUAACUAUUCAAGGGGAGGCUGGAGAACCCACACCAGUAAAGGUACUGAACUGUGACAGCAUCACUCAAGUCAAAGAGAAAAUCCUCGACCAGGUCUACAGAAAUGUUCCUUUUUCAUUGAGGCCUAAACUGGACAGUGUUGUUCUGGAAUGGCGUCCAGGCUCCACUGGUCAGAUCCUCUCGGAUCUGGAUGUCACCUCGGAGCGAGAAGGAAAAUGGAGGCGUUUAAACACACUGAAGCACUAUAACGUCCGGGAUUACUCAUCCCUCAUCUUAGUCAAGUCGUCACAUUCUCAGCAGCCAGAUGACCACCAGCAGAUUAUCUACGGAGAAAAAAGUGGGCUUUUAGAAGAAGACAACAAGCGAUGGCAUUUGGUCCGGCCGAUGGACGAGGUGGAUGAGGGCAAGUCGAAGAGAGGCAGCGUGAAAGAAAAAGAGAGGACGAAAGCCAUCACCGAAAUCUACUUGACGAGGCUUCUGUCUGUAAAGGGUACGCUGCAGCAAUUUGUAGAUAAUUUCUUCCAAAGUGUUCUGAGCACGAAUCAGGACAUCACCCCAGCUGUGAAGUACUUCUUUGACUUCCUGGAUGAGCAGGCGCAUAAACACGAUAUAGUAGACGAUGAAACCAUUCACAUCUGGAAAACGAACAGUUUGACGCUCAGGUUCUGGGUCAACAUACUGAAAAAUCCACAUUUCAUAUUCGACGUGAAAGUCAAUGAAGUGGUGGACGCCUCGUUAUCUGUGAUUGCACAAACCUUCAUGGACGCAUGUACAAAGUCAGAACACAAGCUGAGCAGAGACUCACCGAGCAACAAGUUACUUUAUGCACGAGAGAUUUCAACGUACAAGAAAAUGGUAGAUGACUAUUACAAGGGUAUUCGACAGAUGGUACAGGUCAGUGACCAGGAUAUGAACACACACCUAGCGGAGGUCUCGAGGGCUCACACAGACAAACUGAACACAGUAGUGGCAUUGCAUCAGUUAUACCAGUACACAAACAAAUACUACGAUGCGAUAAUAAACGCAUUAGAAGAGGACCAGGUUUCACAGAAGAUGCAACUUUCCUUCCGCCUGCAACAGAUAGCGGCCGCUCUUGAGAAUAAAGUGACGGACCUUUGACCCUUACACAGUCGCGCUCUUGUAAUGGAAGCUCAGAUGUUAAAUUUUAUUCCCUAGAAGAGAAAAUAGUAUUAUUAUCAUUUUUAUUAUACUGAUCGCUUCUGCAGCCCUUCAUGAUUUCAGCUUUUGAAUUCAUUUGUUUUUUUUGUAAAUUGACUAAUAUUCUAUAAUGUAUUAUAAACUUGGUCGAUAAAAAUCUUUGGACAGUCCCAUCGAGUUUUUUUUAAAAAAAUGUAAACAAAGCGAGGAGCUGAAAGGAGACAGUCUGUGCUUUUAAAUUUUAUAUUCAAAGAAUAUAAGUUAUUCUUGGGGGAGGGGGGAUGAGGAAAAACUUUUACAAUUUGACCUGCAAAUGUACUAAAGUCACUUGUUUUAGUGGAUAGGAUUUUUGUACAGUUUAGUUUAUAUUGUCUUCUAAUCCAGUCAUUGUUAAUAGCCUGAUUUUUCUGAAAGAAAACUCGUUAACAGCAAACACUACUGCCAUUUAUAUUCUCUUUGCACUCUGAUAAAAUGUGUAGAAAAUUGUUAUCCGAUGGAAAAUGGCAGAUACUUGGUACUAAACUGGAUGUCUUUGCUCAAAAUCGAUAGAUAAAAUAAGGUACACACUUUGGAAAACUCGUGACAGCGAUUUGAUUGCAGUCGAGGGGAGUGGGGGAAACUCGUUCCUCAAUUUAAUGUAAUACAGACUGAGUAGAGAAUGCCUGUAAAUUUGUGUUCAAACUACAUUUUAGAGGAUUUUUUACAAGCGUAGAUAGCAACUACUGAAAUGUCUUGAUAUUUUUGAUAUAAUUUGGGAGAUGGUUAUGGCAAAAUAAAUUCAGCUUUUUAUUUAUUCUUU